AUGGCUUUCGAAAAGCCCGCUAUCGUAUUAGAUAACGGCAGUUACAUUAUGAAGGCAGGAUUUGCAUGCGAUAACCACCCGGUAUCGAUGUUCCGAACGUUAGUAGGACGUCCGAGCUAUUUACAUGGCAGCUACGGCCGGGAACCCUACGAUGUCUUUAUUGGCGAUGAUGCGAUCGCCAAAAUAGACGACCUGGAACUGAGCAGUCCCAUAGUCAACGGAAAAAUAAUUCACUGGGACAACAUGGAGAGGAUAUGGCAUCACGUUUUCUAUAGGGAGCUGAAGGCAGCGCCUGAAGACAGGGCGGUCAUGUUGGCUUGUUGCAAUUCUUCAACCAUAGACGAAAAAAUAAAAUGCUGCGAAGUAUUUUUUGAAGUACUAAAUUCCCCUGCGCUUUGCAUUCAGUCACAGAGUGUUUUAUCGAUGUAUGGUUCCGGUUUUACGACCGGUAUUUGCGUUGACAUCGGUUAUGACACUACCGACAUAAGUCCGGUGUUCGAGGGUGGUCAAAUCAAAUAUGCUCACAUCCAAACGGGCCUGGCAGGCGUUCAAAUAUCGAACUAUAUAAAACGAAGUUUGCUUGAACGUAAUAUAGCACACGCCAUUAAGAGUCCGACCGAUAUCGAUAGUAUAUUAAGAGAAUUGUACAUAACCCGUGAUGCAGCUAUGCCAAGAAGCUGUUACGAAAGACGUCUGAAUAGUCCGUGUGGCGAUAUAGAGCUUUGCAAUGAAGCGUUUAUGGCUGGGGAAAUGCUAUUUCAACCAGAUGUUAUAAUGGAAAAGAAAACGAAUUAUUUGCCCCUGCAUGACGCGGUCGUGACGGCGUCUAUGAAAUGUGAUUCAGAGAUUAGUUCGGAAUUAUAUGAGGCGAUUGUCCCUUGUGGUGGAUUAGCGAUGAUUCCAGGUCUUAAUGCGAGAUUACAAAUAGAGCUCGAGGAGCAGCUUAACCGGCCUGUCAAUAUUUUAUCAUCACCCGAGGCAUACUCUAUAUCCUGGUUGGGUGGCGCCACCUUCGCUGGACUCCCUGACGCUAAGAAAAUGUGGGUGACUCAAAAACAGUAUGAGGAACACGGUGUUAAAAUAAUAAAGAAUAAAUUUAUGUGA